CGGCAGAACCAUGGAAUCAGGCAGCAUCUUCCUGCUUCUGGGGCUCCUGGCCCUCUGGGCCCAGCUGCAGGCUGUAGCUGGUCAGGGAGAUAAACGUGACAUUUGCCGACUCCCGCCUGAGAAGGGCCCUUGCAAGGGACAUAUCCCGCGCUUCUUCUACAACCCGGCCUCCAGGACAUGCGAAAGCUUCAUUUAUGGCGGCUGCAAGGGCAACAAGAACAACUUUAAGACGAAGGCAGAGUGUGUGCGUGCCUGCGGGCCUCCUGAGAGACCCGGGGUUUGCCCCAAGACCACAGGCCCCGGCAUUUGCCUGCAUGGCUGCAACAGCGACUCUGACUGUAAAGAAGGACAGAAGUGCUGCUUUAAUGGCUGUGGCUACACCUGCGUGACGGUGGCUCCAUCAGGGCCUCCCUAAGUCCCAUCUGCCAGGACCCGGACUCCAGAGGGGACGAGCUGCCUCAGCCGCACUGACCAAUUGCCAAGAUCGGAUCAGCCCGAAGACAAAGUCCCGACCCCCAGGGACUCUCCCCAUCCCUGGUGUUUUUGCCAGGGGAACAGGUCGUGGUUUCCUGGGAUUCCUUCUCUUCCUCAAUAAACAUUUCCUGACAUCC